AUGAGUGACAAAUCGGAAUCACCUAAAGAGUCGCCUAAAAAGGAGACCGACUCGACAUCCCAGAGCCAGACACCGACAAAAACACCGUAUGAAAGGCAAGGUAGACGACAAUCGCUGGUACCACCCGAUAGCGAACCUAUUGUAUUGCCCAGGAGUAGGGGUUCGCGUAGCGGUGGGAGGCGAGGGUCGACCGCCUUUCUUAUGGGAGACGAUAGUAUUGUUAUGGCUUUUGAUGGCAGAAGAUUGUCAUCGUUUUGUACGACCUCUUCAAACGAAGAAACGGCAUUAUCUAUGGGUGACGACGAGUAUACUGAAGAGCAGAUCUCGGAGACUAUCAGAGCCCACAAACAGAUAAUUACAAACAUGCGAUCACAACACUGGCCAAUGCAUCGCAAAUUAAAAGUACUAAAUCGGGCCAAACGUUAUAUUAAGAAACACGAGGGAGACCUCAAACAGAGCAAACAGGCCAAGGAUAUGGUAGCCAAAUAUCGAGCAUAUGUUGAAAGAACAAUAAAUCGACUCAAAAGGGAAUUUGCAAAUCUUAUAGUUGUUAUCACUCCCUGGGAGAUGAGGAUCAAGAAAAUUGAGAGUCACUUCGGCUCAGGUGUCGCCUCUUAUUUCAUAUUUCUUCGUUGGGUGUUUUGGGUCAACAUAUUUAUCAGUGUUUUCAUCUGCUGUUUUGUAAUGGUUCCGGAGAUCUUAAGAGGUGAUCCAGACUUGACUGGUAUGAGAAAAGAAGUUAAGGAUAAGGAUGACUCACUCAAACUGCAAGCCAUUUGGGAUUUUGAGGGUUAUCUCAAAUUUUCGCCAAUAUUUUAUGGAUAUUAUAGCAAAAGUGAAAUGACUAGCGAAGGCUAUCGUCUACCACUGGCCUACUUUCUCACCCAAUUUUGUCUCUAUAUGUUCAGCUUUUUCUGUAUUUUGCGAAAAAUGGCACAAAACGCUCGGAUGAGUCGCGUCUCAUCAAAGGAAGACGAAUGUACUUUCUGUUGGAAACUAUUUACCGGCUGGGAUUACAUGAUAGGCAACAGUGAAACUGCUUAUAAUAAAGUCGCUUCACUUGUUAUGGGAUUUAAAGAGUCGAUUCUUGAAGAAAAAGAAAGAAAAAAAGAUGAAAGAAAUUGGAAACGAAUUGCACUCAGAGUUCUCGCAAAUAUACUUGUGCUUAUGCUGUUGGCGUCGUCAGCUUAUGGAGUAGUACUGGUGGUCGAGAGAUCUCAAGAACCCAUAGACAAUCCCUCGUGGCUCAGGGCUAAUGAAGUGACACUAGUAGUCGCCGGCAUAGGCAUUGUCUUUCCCAAUAUAUUUGAUUUGGUCGGUAAUAUGGAGGCAUACCAUCCGAGGAUAACACUGCGCUGGCAAUUGGGCAGAAUAUUGAUGCUCAACUUUAUAAACAUGUAUACAUUGAUGCUAUCAUUGUUUGGAAAAGUUAAUUCAAUGACGGCUGAGUUGACAGACAUGAGAGUUAACAUAACGUAUACUAAGUUUUUGGUGGACACUGUAGCCAUUUCGACCACCGCUCACAUUAGAUUCAAAAGGGACGGCCGUGUAUUGGCACCGGACUAUGACUACUCCAAUGAGGAGAUGACCAGUACAUUGCACUCGCCAUCCAUAAUAGUCGACCCGUACUCCUAUGCGGCAAUCAAGGAAAGUCUGCGAUCAAAUCGUAUUGAGGGUCGUAAUGGCAUUGAAGAGUACAGUACGACCACUGAGGCCAUUACUUCGACACAGAUAGACUUAGACGACUACGACAGGGGCUUUCAGGACUACGAGUCGACUACAACGUUCAUCAUAGAUAUAAACAACAGCACCAGCGGUAACAACACUACCAUCUAUACGACCACUGAACGUACCAAUACAUGGAUGCUAACCGAAACAACAACACCGAUACCGCAUCGGACAUCGCAAAGGCCGCGACCAACAAGAAAGCGGCCCAGAUUGAUGACCACACCGAUGACGACGACACCGAUUACAACCGAGUCCCAGUGGAACGGUACGCUGGUCAGUGUCAAUACGUCGUGGUCGUCGGAAACAACAAUCAGCGAAAGACCAUCGCUAGAGUGGUUUCGCCAGAAUCUGGAUAAGCCGUGCGAUAAUAAAUUCAAUUAUAAUAUUAGUGAAGACGAUUUGGUACAAAUAAAUGAAACCGAUAAGGAACGCCUACGCAAACUUUGCUGGGAAACUAUGUUUGGCCAGGAACUGGUCAAACUGACCGUAAUGGACACUGUAUUGACUGUUAUAUCCAUACUAAUCGGUGACUUUAUUCGUGCACUUAUUGUUAGAUAUUGCAAUGACUGCACCUGUAUUUGUUGGGAUCUGGAAAAAAAAUUUCCCGGUUAUGGCGAUUUCAAGAUUGCCGAAAAUAUAUUGCAUUUGGUUAACAAUCAGGGAAUGAUAUGGAUGGGUAUGUUUUUUUCGCCCGGUUUGCCGGCAAUCAACACAAUCAAGUUGUGUAUCAUUAUGUACAUCAGAUCGUGGGCUGUCAUCACCUGUAAUAUACCGCAUGAAACAGUAUUUAAGGCCUCCCGGAGCAACAAUUUUUAUUUUGGACUAUUGCUUCUCAUGCUAUUCCUGUGCACUUUGCCAGUCGGCUAUGCAGUGGUCUGGUUAGAGCCCAGUUGGCAUUGCGGACCAUUUAGCGGCUAUUCCCGAAUCUUUCACAUACUAACCAAAUAUAUUGAGUCAAAAUUACCGGACACAAUCAACAAAGUGGUCGACUAUCUAACAUCGCCCGGUGCCGUAUUUCCAUUGCUACUACUAAUGAUAUUGUUUAUCUAUUAUCUCAUAUCGAUGGUCGGUUCGCUUAAGGAUGCCAACAAAGAUCUCAAAUCACAGAUACGCAAAGAUAAGGACGUAUCAGAGGUCGGGGCCAUACCCGAGAUAGUGGCCGAACCGCCGCCCGAAAAGAAACACGUAAGGAUACAGGAGACGGCCACUACCGAUGUGACCGUCGGCGGCGGUGAAUCGUCGUCGACAAACGAUAAGACAAAACUUAUACAGAGUCGGGUCAACAGUGCCGACGACGGUAAAUGAAUUCAUACAUACAGUUC